AUGUUUUCGGCCCCUUCUAAGAAAUCCUCCUUCAGUGCCCGCAAUAAUGUCGCUAACCGGAGAGAUGACGAUUCCACUCCGGUGGCCGGCAACUGGAGACCACUGCUCGACAGCCCAGCCGUCCCGAACCGGUCCGCCAGUGGGACCCCAGCCCCUUGGGCCUCUCGCCUUUCCGUCCUCGCUAGAAUCCCUCCGACCAAGAGAAGUUUCAGAGGAUAUGGCGUAGAUGCUGUUGAACCUGUCUAUGUUGGGGAGUUCCCUCAAGUUUUACGUAUUGCACAAUUGACAGUUCAGAAUUAUGGUCUUGGUUUGUCCACUGAUGCAUCUGUCUCUGGUGGAAUGGACAAGGAGACAUCCCUAGCAUGGAUCAUAUGUGGUAACGGUCUCUUAUCAUCUGCUGCUUCAAGAAAAUGUAUCAACAUUGACCUAACGUCUGUUAAAGAAGAGACUGGAGACGUGAGCAGCAGCUCAUUUCAACCUAACAAUUGGUUAGUCCGUUUUGUCAACUGGGAUAGCUUGAAGAAAGCUGGUAGCAUCACUGUCCAACAGCUCAAUUCAGCUGGGAUUAUAUUGUGUAACAAAAAAACUGGUGCUCUACUUUUCUGGCCAGAUAUCUCAAAUGCUGAUAGGAUGCUUUCAUUCACGUCUCGUGCCUUUUCCAACAAGCUUGGCAAUAAUGCUGCAAAAUCAUUUUGUAUUAACUCUUUGAUAACUUCACCUGUCUCGUCUACCAACAAAAGUUGUAUUGCACUUGCUUGUAGUUCUAAUGGUGAACUUUGGAGAUCUUCUGUAGCCCUUCUGUGCUAUGCAGUAAAGCUUUCCUCUGAUAUAGAUGUGGUAAAGCUUUGGACUCAUGAAAUCAUCGGCGUUGAUGGUGAUUUGGAUAUACAGAAAAACCUUGCUAGCCAAAAGAGGAUUUGGCCCCUUGAUUUGGCUGUUGAUAGUGAUGGCAAUGUAAUAACUGUUCUAAUUGCCAUCUUUUGCACGGAUUGGGUGACCAGUUCAAGUUACUUUGAUUAUUCCCUUCUAACCAUGCAAUACAAAUCUGGAGUAGAUAUAACAAAGCCAAUAGGCAAACAGAUACUGGAGAAAAAGGCCCCUGACCAAUUUCUUAUACCUAAAGCUAGAGUAGAGGAUGAGGAAUUUUUGUUCUCAAUGAGAUUAAAGGUAGGUGGAAAGCCGGCUGGUUCUGCUAUUAUACUCACAGGUGAUGGUACUGCAACAGUUUCUAACUAUUUUAGAAAUUCCACCAGGCUUGUCCAUUUUGAUUUGCCCAAUGAUGCUGGAAAAGUUCUUGAUGCUUCAGUAUUCCCUUCCCUUGAGGAAAGUGAAGAUGGAACUUGGGUUGUGCUCACUGAGAAAGCUGGAGUUUGGGUUGAACCACCCGAACGAAGCUUGUCACGAAAGUGGAGUUCUAAUUAUGGAUCUCUACAGGAGGAAAUGACCAUUUCUGUUGCUGGAAACAUUGCCGCAAAAAGAGCCACUCCAGAAGCAGGUGAUAGGCAACGAGCGGGUUUAACCGAAGGUGCACGUCGUAGCCCUCAAGACAAGGAAUCGGAAUAUUUACUAAGCCAGUUUUUCCAUGAAUUUCUCUUGUCUGGACAGGUUGAUGGUGUCCUUGAUAAAUUGAAAAAUUCGAAGGCUUUUGAAAGAGAGGGAGAGAUAAAUGUAUUUGCCAGGAUGAGCAAAUCAAUUGUUGACACCUUAGCUAAAAACUGGACGACAAACCAGGGGAUCUGA